AGAGCGUGGCUGCGCGCUGUCAGUCAGUGUGGUGUAGAGUCCGCGCGGCGGCGGGACCAGUUCAGGCGUCUCGUGCGGCUCUGGGCCUCUCAGGCUCCGCGGUCCAGAGUGCACCAUGGACAACAAGGAGUUAAUCGAAUACUUUAAGUCUCAGAUAAAAGAAGAUCCUGACAUGGCCUCAGCAGUAGCUGCCAUCCGGACUUUACUGGAGUACUUGAGAAGAGAUACAGGAGAGACAAUCCAGGGCCUGAGGGCGAAUCUCACCAGUGCCAUAGAAACCUUGUGUGGCGUGGACUCUUCCGUGGCCGUGUCGUCGGGCGGGGAGCUCUUCCUGCGUUUCAUCAGCCUUACCUCCCUAGAAUACUCUGAUUACUCCAAAUGUAAAAAGAUCAUGAUUGAGCGGGGAGAGAUUUUCCUCAGGAGAAUAUCACUGUCAAGAAAUAAAAUUGCAGAUCUGUGCCAUACUUUCAUCAAAGAUGGGGCGAGAAUAUUAACGCACGCCUACUCCAGAGUGGUCCUGAGAGUCUUGGAAGCUGCCGUGGCAGCCAAGAAGCGUUUCAGUGUGUACAUUACAGAGUCACAGCCUGAUUUAUCAGGGCAAAAGAUGGCCAAAGCCCUCUGCCACCUCAACGUCCCUGUCACUGUGGUCCUUGACGCUGCAGUUGGCUACAUCAUGGAGAAAGUGGAUCUUGUCAUAGUUGGUGCUGAAGGAGUUGUUGAAAACGGGGGAAUCAUUAACAAGAUUGGAACUAACCAGAUGGCCGUGUGCGCCAAAGCACAGAACAAGCCAUUUUAUGUUGUUGCGGAAAGUUUCAAGUUUGUACGACUCUUCCCACUAAACCAGCAAGAUGUCCCAGAUAAGUUUAAGUACAAGGCGGAUACUCUGAAGUCUGUACAGACUGGACAGGACCUCAGAGAGGAGCACCCGUGGGUCGACUACACCUCCCCUUCCUUAAUCACGCUGCUGUUUACAGACCUGGGGGUGCUGACGCCCUCGGCCGUCAGUGACGAACUCAUCAAGCUCUACCUGUAAACACCGGGUCCUUUCCUGCUGGUGGAUGUCGGAUAUGGGGAGUAGUCUCUUGGCCCCUCAGUGAGCCAGGCCAAAACUGAAUUGUUUUUUCUGAAGUUUUAUGGACUAAGGACUUAAAAUCCUAACUCUUGGGAAAUUUUUUAUUCACUUCAGUCCCAUCUAAAAUGCAUUCAUGGUUCCUCUAAAGCCCAACCUAAAUUGUGCUCUUACGGUUACCAUAUAUUUCCAGACACUUUCAUUCAUGUCCAGUUUCCAGGAAUAUAAGAUUAUUGGCUGUUUGACUGAUGGAUGAAGAUGUGCCCACUCUCCCUCCCUUCACCUUCCCCACAUUCUAGACUGAUUUGCCAAAAGCAUCCAUGAAAGAUAAGCAGGCCCAAGAGGGCAGCGGUCCAGACUACAGCCAGGUGCCCCUCCAGUAACCAGAAGCUGCCCAGGACCAGGCUCCACGCAGUGCUGGAUGAAAAAGGCAGGCAACACUCAGGCUCCCAGCGGUGAAUACAAGCUGAGGGCUGUCAUCUCCACAAAAGAAUCAAGGCAAAGAGAGUGGAUACUAUUGCAAGAACCCAAGAACAGGUAUUAGUGGCCUCUUUGGCCGGAGUAUCCUGCACGGCUCAUCAGUUAUGGAGACGCCUUCCAGAAUAUUUGCAAACUUAAAAUUCUAUAUCUGGGAAAAGAUGUGACUUGAAACAUAUUUGGGUCCUGAACAGCUUUUUAAAAUUGUUCUUGGGAACAACCUCAGCAUCUUUUCAAAUAAAUUACAUGAAAGAUUUUGAUAUGGCGUUGCACUGCACUUCAAGCUGACCCCGGCCCAGCCAGAGGGCUCUGACACGAGAUGUACCGUCCAUCUUGGUAAAGACACUAGGCAGCCACCUUCACGUACUUAAGGCACAGUCGAUUAGAACUACAGUUUAUUCAACAGGAGGUAUAAUCAUUUUCUUUCCCAGAAUGACUUGCUGCUGCUUUUUCACAUACUCACCAAUAAAAUGGUACUACGGGCUUUGUGGGUGUUCGGUGCAGUAUAUCAAACAGAGAACUGAGGGUCCAGAGGUAAAGACACCCAGGGAAGGGAGAUCAGGAGCUGGGAAACACUGAGGAACUUUUAAAAGCUCUUAAAUCAAAUCUACUUCAGUAGCUUUAUAUUAAGUAAGUUUUAAUAAGUAUAAAAUAGCCACCAAAAAAUGAGCUCUUUAAGUAACCCAUCAAAAUAAAUAUUGACAUCUAUUAUUUACAGUUAUGUAAAUUUACGUUUUCUUUCUCUUAGACUUCAAGGCUGGUAUGUUUUUAGUGAAAUGCUCAUGAACACGAAACCCCUCACACCUGCCGUUUAUGCAACAGCAGCUCCCCGACAGCUGCUGAAAGUUCUGAUGUUCCACAGAAGGAAGCUCGAGCUGUCUGCCGAGUAGGGGCCGGCUCCCCGCAUUCCCCACUCCUGUGCGUUUGACCUGAGGGGUGGGAAUCAGCAGUCAUCUUCCACAUCUGAGAUCUGCAAAUCUGCUUUGUUCGUUGACCUUUUGCCACUUGUCAACAGCCCCUUCUCAAAUUCCUCUUCAGUAAUUUUGCCUUUCUUUAACUUUUUCAAGAGCCUCGUGUCAUUCAGAAGUUCCUCCAUGUCUUCAUCCUCCAUAUCAGAACCCUGAGUGCACAAGAGACCAACAAGCUACUGAAUUUCUCAGCAAGAGUGUUCUAAGUGAAACCAGCAAAAUUUGGGGGGUUUUUUGGCCACUCUAGGAGGCUUGUGGAAUUCUAGUUCCCCAACCAGAGACUGAACCUGGGCCCCUCAGCAGUGAAAGCGCAGAGUCCUAACCACUGGACCGCCAGAGAAGCCCCAAACCAGCACUUUUUAAUCAGUCGGGAACUACGUGCUCUUAGAUCAGCUUUCACGAACAGCACGUUCCCCAACCCAAGCCACCAAGAGAGAACGAAAAUCUGGGAGUCCUAUGCAGUUCCUACUAAAAGGCACAAUAUACUACACUUCCGUGAGAUUUGUUCAGAAUUCUAAGUAUUUAAUUUUAAAAAUUGCCAUCUUUACCUCCUCCCUUUUCCUUUUUUCAUUCAGUUUUUUCUUCUUUUCCUUUUUGGCCUUCUGCUUUGACCAAGCUUUAUUUUUUAUGAAUUUUCUUCUCCCGUCAUUUUCUGUUUUCUCUUUUCUCUGCUGCUCCAAUAAUUGCUUCUGCCUCUGCUUUUCUCUGA